AAGCUCGCCUGAGGAUCGCUAUUGUAAUUGCCCAUACAGAUCAGCCGCUCAUAUUUUAUCUACUACCUAAAGAUUCACUCUGUUUAUGGUUCAACUCUUAACCUGCUUGAAUAGGGACUCCUCGCGAGUCCCUAUUCCCUGUGAGGAUUUUUCCCUCAAGGUGUGCAUAUUAACGAUUUCCGAGGAGUUGCACUGUAUAAUUGUAUAGGCUUGACUGCUUUAACGUCACAAACUCAGUGAGCAUGCCAUUUAUUAGGAACAAAAAGCACACCCGUUCAAACUCACGCACUCAAAGUUAAUAGAAAAUGGGCCCACUGCAUUACUCAAACGGACUUGUCUCAAGACUGACGUUUUCCUGGUUGAAUCCUCUUAUAGCGCUUAACAAGAGACGUCCCGUUGAAGCAAGCGACCUUCCUUGCUUCGAUAACCACGAGUAUGAUUGUGAGAACCUUACUGAAAAACUCGACAGCGAAUGGCAUCGAGAAAAAGCUAAUGCUGUUCGUAAUGCUAGAAAGCCAAGUAUGUGGAAAGCAUUAUUUCUGAUGUUUUCUUUUCAAGAAUAUGCAACUCUUUGUACGCUGAUGCUGACCUACUCAGUGACAAAAACUGCUAUUCCAUACUUGCUGUACUGUGUGCUGAAGAAGCUUUUGGAGCCUUCCCCGCAGACAUAUGCUGCUCUACUUUUGGGAGCGAUUUUGUGUCUCUAUGCAGGAAUAGAAUCGACAUGUCAGACGUAUAUCGAAUAUCGCGCAUCUCUUUUCGCUAUGAGGGUGAGGACAGCUCUUUGUGGAGUCAUUUUCAAAAAGGUGAUAUCCCUGAGUUGUCGUGAUACAUCCGCCUUAGCUUCCGGUCACGUGACCAAUCUGUUCGCCACGGACGCGGAGUCAUUUCAAGUGGGUCUAGAGGCUUGUCCCUCCUUCAUGAUGGCCCCACUCACCUUUACAUCGUGUGCGGUCGUUAUGGUGUGGCUAGCGGGAUGGCCGGCCAUGGCUGGACUUUCUGUGUCCAUAGCUUAUGUCGUGGCACAAGUGUUAUGUGUGAAGCCGUUCAAGUACUUAAGGAGGAAAACGUUGAAGGUGAUAGACAAGCGCAUUACACUUAUCAGCCAGAUAAUCCACGGUAUUCGCUCCAUCAAGAUGCACGCGUGGGAAACGCCUUACUACCAGGCCGUGCAGAGAUUACGAAGGCUGGAGAAGAACGUAUAUAUGAAAAAGUUCAUGAUAACAUUCUUCGAAUCGCUGUACCAGAAUACUCUUCCUAUAUUCAGUGUUACCCUCUGCUACUUCUUCACCAAUCGACCUUUGGAUCAAGUCGUAUUCUUCACGCUUCUCGCGUACUUUUUAGAGAUGAGAGUACUGGUUGCCUGGCAUUUCACUAGGGGAUCGCAACUUUUAACGGACUGCGCUGUCUCCUUGAAAAGAAUUCAGGACUUUCUAACUAAGGUCGACAAGCAAAGAGAUCUUGAGCAAAGCUUAGAUGGUAAAGGGAGUUAUAGUAGAGAGAGACUUCUAUCAGAGCAGAAUCCAAGCGAUUACCGUAUCCAAAUAUCAACCAAUGAUCAUCAGCGAUCAUCAGAAAUUGAUAGAGGAUGUCUACCCGAAGAAUCAACUUCUCGGAAAACUGAAUCCGGCGAUUGCAUCCUUGGCAAGAUAAACCUUGACCUGUCCGGGAAUCGUCUGGCUCUAGUGAUAGGCCCUGUUGGCUCUGGCAAAUCCACGCUUCUCUCUGCCAUCUGCUGUGCAAGCUCUAGUUACAAAGGCAAAAUAAAAACAAAUGGGUCUAUUGCUUACGUUUCACAAGAACCUUGGAUAUUCCAAGGGACCGUUCGAGAGAACAUCAUAUUCAAUUCGACUUACGAUGCUGAGAGGUACCAGAAAGUAGUCGAAGCCUGUGAUCUAAAGGAGGACUUCAAAGCGUUUCCAAAUGGCGACCUCUCUGAAAUUGGCGAGCGCGGUAUUGCUAUGAGUGGUGGUCAGCGGGCUCGUGUUAGUUUAGCACGCGCUGUGUACCUAGACGCGGAUAUCUAUUUACUGGAUGACCCUUUAAGUGCGGUCGACUUCAAAGUCGCCAAACACAUUUUCGAGAAAUGCAUUUGUGGAAUCCUAAAAAGAAAACUGCGCGUCUUAGUCACUCAUCAUCUGCAUUGCAAAGAAAUGGCCGACGAGGUCGUCCUCCUGGAAAAUGGGAGCAUGGUGGCUUGCAGCGACUACAAGGAAUUUACGGAGAAAUACUUGAGUAGGAUGACAACAAAUACGGGCAGCGCCAAGGAGAUGGCAUUCCUGUUAAAAGAUGACAGCUCGGUGACGCAAGGCGAAGGUUUGCUGAGUGUGGUGGAAGAAAGAGAUGUGGGAGCCGUGUCGCUUAGGACAUACUGGGAAUACCUGCGCGCUGGUCUGCCUGUGGUGGCCAUCGCGUUACUGGGGCUUGCGGCGGUCGUUACUCCAGUUCUUGAAGCCUCUCCCAGUUGGAUCCUUGCAAAGUGGGACAGACUGACAUGGGCAAACGCCGACCAUCGUGGCAUCAUCGUCGCUUACAUAUCCCUGACAUUCGCCGCUAACCUGCUUCGGUAUCUCUUCUCUUUUCUUGUCUACGUCACUGCUUUACAAUGUAACACAAGGCUACACAACAAGAUGGCCCAAUCGCUGAUCCACGCUCCUGUCUCGUUCUUUGACACAAAUCCAGUCGGGCGGAUCUUGAAUCGCUUCUCUGCCGACAUCGUAGAGAUUGACAAUAUACUUCCUCCAUAUUUGGUAUACACGCUCAUCGUGUGUGACUUAUUUGUAUCGUUGAUUAUCCCUACGCUUGCCAGCUAUUGGCUGCUAGUUUCAGUGAUACUGCCGGUAGUAAUGCUCGUAUGGUACGGGAAGGCAUUUGUCCGUAUUACCCGAGAAGUGACUAGACUGCAAGCGCUCGCCCGGUCAGCGGUGUUUUCACACAUCUCAAGCACCGUCGAGGGUCUGACCACAAUCCGUUUACACGACGCAAGAGAUGAAUUCAUCAAGCAGAAUCACAGCUACCAAGAUUGCCGGAAUCGCGCAACUUUCUUGGUGUUUUCUUCCAUGGCCUGGCUGAAGAUAAGAGCUGAUUUGAUAUCAACAGCGGUGCUUACUAUUACCAGCGUUGUUACAAUACUGCUAUCCUCGUCUGUCGGUUUUAUUGGAUUGGCCAUCACUUAUUCCAUGAUGCUCGUGAUAGAUACCGCGUUUGUUAUACAGUCCGCUGGCUUCCUUCAAGACGCAAUGACAUCAGUCCAGCGGGUAAUGGAGUACUGCAGGCUCAGCCCGGAACCGGCCUAUCAGAUCACAAAAACACCACCAUGUGGCUGGCCUCGACAUGGAGCGGUGUCAUUCAGUUACGUGUCUCUCCGAUACUACAGCGAUGGACCCCAAGUCCUGAAGGGCGUGACGUUCAGCAUUGAGCCUCAGCAGAAAAUCGGCAUCGCUGGGAGGACUGGGGCCGGCAAGUCAUCUAUUGUGGCCUCGCUAAUGCGCAUGCCCGAGGCCUCAUUCGGGAUACACAUAGAUGAUGUUGAUAUACGCGGGCUCAACCUGCAGUCUACAAGACAGGUUGUCUCCGUGAUUCAGCAAAACCCGACGUUGCUGAGUGGAACUAUCAGGAGUAAUCUUGACCCGCUCGACAUGUACACGGACGACGAGAUCUGGAGCGCUCUAAGCGACGUCAACCUCUCGCCAGUGAUGGACAAGUGGGGCUAUAACCUCGAACAUCGCAUUGAAGAGGGUGGGGUUAAUUUGAGUGUAGGGGAACGGCAGCUGUUCUCACUGGCAAGAGCGCUGCUGCAAAAGAACAAGAUUAUCAUUAUGGACGAGGUGACGGCUAAUGUGGACCCACAGACGGAUCAAAUGAUCCAGACCACCAUCCGAGACAAGUUCAAGGACUGCACCGUGCUCAUCAUUGCUCACCGACUCAGCACCAUCAUGGACUGUGACCGCAUCAUGGUGCUACACGAUGGACAAGUGGUGGAGAUGGACACCCCUGAGGCACUGAUGGGAAACGCCGACAGCUGGCUAGCACAACUAUGGCAACAUUCACACUAAUCGGGUAACCAGUGGUCAUAACAAACAGUGGGAUGAUAAGAGAUUUGCUGAACUAUCUUGUCGUUUUGCUAGAGCAUAUCAAGAAAAUUUUGCCAAAAGUUGCCGUUUUUGCCAAACGUGCUCAUUUCCAUAUAAGGAAACUAUUAUAUCCCUUAUUUGAAAAACCUGUAUGAUUCUUGUCAUUUUUAAGGUUACCGUCGUACUGCAGGUGCUCCGUAAACUUUAUGACUUGUAUUCAGAAAGAAAAAAACAGUUACUGUGACUAUCUUUAGUCAGUUAAGAAGGUCUCUGAAAAUAAACUAAGAUUCCUCGGUA